CCACCGCCGCCACCGCCGCCGCCGCCCCCCGAGGAGGCUCCGGUGGUCCCGGAGGGCGAGGAAGAGCUGGAAUGCCCGCUGUGCCUGGUGCGGCAGCCGGCGGAGAACGCGCCGCGGCUGCUGUCGUGCCCGCACCGGUCGUGCGGGGCCUGCCUGCGGCAGUACCUGCGCAUCGAGAUCACCGAGUCCCGCGUCAACAUCUGCUGCCCCGAGUGCAGCGAGCGCCUCAACCCCGCCGACAUCCGCCGCCUGCUCCGCGACUCYCCGCACCUCGUCGCCAAGUACGAGGAGUUCAUGCUGCGCCGCUGCCUGGCCGCCGAUCCCGACUGCCGCUGGUGCCCGGCUCCCGACUGCGGGUAUGCGGUGAUCGCCUACGGCUGUGCCAGCUGCCCCAAGCUGACCUGCGAGAGGGACGGCUGCCAGACCGAGUUCUGCUACCACUGCAAGCAGAUAUGGCACCCCAACCAAACGUGCGACAUGGCCCGGCAGCAGCGGGCACAGACCCUGCGUGUACGGACCAAGCACACCUCGGGCCUCAGCUACGGGCAGGAGUCAGGGCCAGCCGAUGACAUCAAGCCGUGCCCGCGCUGCAGCGCUUACAUCAUCAAGAUGAACGACGGCAGCUGCAACCACAUGACGUGCGCCGUGUGCGGCUGYGAGUUCUGCUGGCUCUGCAUGAAGGAGAUCUCGGAUCUGCAUUACCUCAGCCCCUCUGGCUGUACAUUCUGGGGAAAAAAGCCAUGGAGUCGUAAAAAGAAGAUUCUCUGGCAGCUGGGCACGUUGAUCGGAGCUCCUGUCGGCAUUUCCCUCAUCGCUGGCAUUGCCAUUCCUGCCAUGGUCAUUGGCAUCCCUGUCUAUGUUGGGAGGAAGAUCCACAGCAGGUAUGAGGGGAAGAAAACCUCCAAGCACAAGAGGAACUUGGCCAUCACCGGUGGGGUCACCCUGUCUGUCAUUGCCUCCCCAGUCAUUGCUGCUGUCAGUGUUGGAAUUGGGGUCCCCAUCAUGCUGGCCUACGUCUACGGAGUUGUGCCAAUCUCGCUGUGCCGGGGCGGCGGCUGCGGGGUCAGCACAGCCAAUGGAAAGGGCGUGAAAAUCGAGUUUGAUGAAGAUGAUGGACCCAUCACAGUGGCCGAUGCCUGGAGAGCCCUGAAGAACCCCAGCAUUGGAGAGAGCAGCAUUGAGGGGCUGACCAGCGUGCUGAGCACCAGUGGCAGCCCCACUGAUGGGCUCAGCGUCAUGCAGGGCAACUACAGCGAGACCGCCAGCUUCGCCGCCCUGUCCGGGGGCACCCUGAGYGGGGGAGUCCUCUCGGGGAGCAAGGGCAAGUACAGCAGGCUGGAAGUGCAGGCAGAUGUCCAGAAGGAGAUUUUCCCCAAAGAUUCGGUCAGUUUGGGGGCCAUCAGUGACAACGCCAGCACUCGAGCCAUGGCUGGUUCCAUCAUCAGCUCCUACAACCCCCAGGACAGGGAGUGCAAUAACAUGGAGAUCCAGGUGGACAUCGAAGCCAAACCCAGCCACUACCAACUGACCAGCGGCAGCAGCACAGAGGACUCCCUGCACGUCCACACCCAGAUGGCAGAGAACGAGGAGGAGGAGGAGGAGGAAGAGGAAGAGGAGGAGGAGGAUGAGGAAGGCGGCGGUGAGCAGGAGCAGACGUGCAGACACCAAAGCUGUGAGCAAAAGGACUGCAUUGCCAGCCAAACAUGGGACAUCACCCUGGCCCAGCCCGAGAGCAUCCGCAGCGACCUGGAGAGCUCGGACAGCCAGUCGGACGACGUGCCGGACAUUACCUCGGACGAGUGCGAGUCCCCCCAGUGUCAGACUGCAGCAGGSUGCCCACAAACCCCCCGAAACAGAGGUGCCGAGAGCCCAAGUGCCCACCUGAGCCACUGUGCCCAAGCCGAGGGCUGCCGGCUGGACGAGAUGGUCCAGCUGGAAUGCAUCGAGGCCAGAGUGUGACCUGCUGUCCUGGGGCUGUGGCCCUAUUUGGCUUUUAUUUGCCAUCCUCCAGCCCCGUUUCACCUCGGGGGAGUCGCUGUUUCUUACGUGACAAA